CAUUGCGCCGCACGACGUGCGCCUCCCGCCGUUUUCCCAGAUAGUGGAGUAACCGCCGCUGCCCGAUACUGGUGCGCGCUAUAGUGCUCCGAGCGCGCCUGCUUCCUCCGCCAAUCGCUGCGGCAGGAAGAGAGAGAGCGAAAGUGUUCCACCCGAGCCUUCAAUCGACCUCACGACGCCAGCGCUGCUAACGCGGACGCCGAAAGUGACGGUAACGCGCAUCAGUCCGAAAUUGGAGUGAAAGCCAGCCAUCCAGCAGGAGUUAUGAGCAGGCAUGUCUUGACUGGACGCGCGGGCGCCGAUGUGCAUUCGUGUGUGCCCGGUCGGGCGCGCUCCUGCCCUGCGUUUCUCUGUGCGUAUCUUGUGGUGCGAAGGAUUUCUCAGAGCCUCCCCGCAGACGGACCCAAGUGAGCUGUCAUCGCAGGAAUAAAUCACCUUCGAGACACAACUGGAGUACGUUCGGCUACUGGAUACGUGAGUGCACUCAGGGCCAGCUGUACCUUGCAUCUCUGUCUUCCACCCGUACUUUGUCGAAUACGAGGAAAAUAAUCGCAAAAGCCCAGCUUCCAGACAGGGGCUGAAACAUGGUGAAAUGUGGCCUGUGCCGGGGCGUACCGGCGGCCGUCCUGGUCCCAGCGGCUUUGACAGUGGCGCUCUUGUCUCGCUGCGCGUGGGCCAUCGAUAUUCGGCCCGUGCUGGAGGAAGACACGUCGUCGCUCCUGGAGAACCGCACCUUCGCCCAGCGGUUUCUGGUGCCUUCCGGCGAUGGAGUCAACGGUGGGGCCAACAUCUCCCACGACGAGGCCAGUGUGCUGGAGCUGUGGCAGACCUACGACAAGGGUCUGCGUGGACAGGUGGACAACUUGCUCAGGCAAGCGUUGCCGUACCUCCUCGAGAUUGGCGACGUGGGCAUCGACAUCCGUUGCGCCCAGUCGCUGCUCAAGAUCGUUUUCGGGCUGCGCAAGCUCGAGAAAUGGGCCUUCAAACUGCUGGACUCCAUCGGGAGGCCCCCGUCGGGCAUCCUGGACGUGACCAUGUCGGACUACGGCGACUACGAUCAGUGCCUCGAGGUUGUGUCGCUGACGCGCUCCGGCGAUGAGGACUUCCGUGGACAGCACUGCAACAUCCAGGUGGAGCACCCGCACAUACCCGCCCUCACGAAACACGCCAUCGCCCGCCUACCGCAGAUACUCAAGGAGGACUCGGUCUACAAGGACGUGCUGCUGACCUACACGAGGUUGCAGACGUCCAUCGCAGUCCGAGUGGGCAUCUGCGUUCCCUCGACGUGCAGCAAAGAGGACGUCUUCAAAAUGCUCAAUCCAGCCCAUUACUGCACCGAACCGCGAUGCCAGCGUGGAGUAGGUGGUCCAAAAGCGCGGCAAAGGCGGCGACCGGAAGUUGCCGCCAUAAACCUGCCGGGAGUCCAGUUUGCUCAAGCGGUCGCCAACCUGAAGCUCGGCGUGAGCGUCGCAGAGUGCGAAACGAAAAGCAUCGUCACUCUCACGGAAGAGCAGCUAGUGGCCAUAUGCAUGUUCGGCCUCUUGGGGACCGUCCUCCUCCUCGGAACGUUGCUCGAGAUUGUCUUGAACAUCAUCCAGAGGCCAAGUUUCUGCGAAUCAUUCAGGAGAAAAACGGACAAGAGUGUGCUGGCCACAUGCGUCGUCUUCCGCAACCUGAAGCAACUGCUGACGACAGAGGACGUGCCUUCGGCCAUGCAGUGUCUGGACGGCAUCCGUGUCAUGACCAUGUUCUGGGUGGUGCAGUCGCAGACGUACCUCAACGUCGAAUUCCAAGCAGUGCGCGGUCUCAAAUUUCUUAUACCCGCUGUGGAGUCAUUUUUUUUCCAAGACAUCGUCAAUGGUCUCCUAGCCGUGGACACUUUCUUCUUUCUCGGUGGCCUCCUCUUAGCGAUGAACGUGAUACGAAAUAUUGAUAAGAAAAACGCCAAGAAGCAGUAUUUCGGCAUCUUCCUCUACAGAUACUUAAGGUGA